AUGGAUGACAAUGAAAGCAACUACAGCAAUGACAGCUUUCCAUCCAUGCACAGCACAAUGGCCCCGACAUCGAUGCCAGACAUGGCAGAGAACACAACGGUGCGCCUGUGCAACUCUGACGCCAUGUUUGACCUUGACCUGGGCAACUUCUCCAUCGCAGGGCCUACUGCUCUGGAGGUCAUCGGCGGCGAGGGCUUCGACCGCAGGAAGGUUCAGGUUGGCACGAACUUCUCCCUGAAAGUGCUAGGGUUCGGCCUUGGGGAUGGUCUGUCGCAAAGGCUGCGCUUGGUCCUGGCACCCCUCAGAUGUGGUCAGGAGGGGACAUUCAACGGUACUGAGCACUUGCUGGGCCAGCUCGCCGAGGAUCCCGAUUCGCCCGGCACUGGUGAAGAUCCCAACUUCGCCCAGACGUGGGGCCCGCUUGUUCUCUCCCGCAGCGGCCGCUACUACGUGUGCCUCUGUUCGGGCAGAGGACGGUCGUGCUCCAGCGACAUUGACUUUCAGGUUGAGAUUGGUAGUGUCUUCGCUUUCUGGCCAGACCUGCGAUUGCAGAGAUCUGGUGGCUUCGAGUUGCGAGUUGUGCCCCACGCGGUCUUCUCGCUGGAUUUGGUCGCAGCGUGCUUAGUCAGUGGACUAACCCGAAUGGCCUUCCCAGCUGGAACACCCCAGUUGCAAGCCAAGAAUCACCGCUUCACAAGCACUUGUGCGCUGCUAGCUCACCUCCCUUCCCUGCACACAUUGCUUAUUCAGCGUAAAGUUGUCAUCGUCCCACUGCUGCUCGACCCGAUAAGUCCCAAGCAAUCCUGUAUCCUGUCUUUUGCAAGACCUAGUGAACCAACCAAAGCUGCCGUUGAGGGGCCGCAGCUCUCGGUGCAAGACCGUGCCUGGAGCAUAGUGCAGCCGUGCGUCGGGCGCAAGGGAGCGAACAUGUUUUCUUGGAGUUCCACCAACUUGCUUCGUGUCCGAGCUGUGGCUCAUUGCAGGGGUGCAGGGCUCCGCGCUCUACCCAGCCUGAUAAGCGCUGUCGAACUCAUGGAGUUCGUGGAAUUCCUAGGGGUGGAUGAGAGCAGCCCUGGAGGUGUCCAUCAGAGCAAUGGAACUGGAGCAAGCAGUGCAGUAGAGGGCAGACGCAACGAUGCACCUGCAGCCAGAAACGGACCGCGAACGGUGCGCUUGAAGGCGGCCUUCUCGAAAGAGACGCGGCGGCAAGUGUUCAACCUGGCGAAGCGAAUCCGUUCCAGGCCCUGGGCAGGGGUCUUUUCGGAGCAUCGUGCGCCCUCGUUGGCAAGCCUCAUCUCCAACAGAAGCUUCGGCGCGGGUGGUGCAAGCCAUGAAACGAUCUCCCUCCACUACCACAUCGACAUCUUGGCGCCAGAACUGCGGCGCCGACUACUGGCACUGGCUAUGGCAGCGGAUGCGGCCGCUGGAUGGAACCUGAGCCAAGGUCAGCCUUUGAGGGCCAGGUGCCUGGAGCUGCUCACCUAUCGGGGCAGCUGGAGGUCACACCCGGUGGCGUGGCAUGGUGAUGGGGCCUCGCUGCUCACUCUGCUGGUUGUGCUGAGCAACAGGGGCUCCUAUGAUGGCGGAGCUAUUGAAUUGAGAGACUAUGCCAACGGGCCGCUCGCUCCUCCCGAGCCCUCUGCCCUGAAGAGGACACAGGUCCUGGAGGUCACGGCUGACACCAAGGAGGGCCCAGAGCCUGUGGCACCGGUGGCACCGGUGGCACCUGCCAACAGCGCGACUGUGAGGCUGGAGCAUCAUGACGACAUCGAGGCAGGCGAUGCCAUUGCCUGGCGCGGCUGGACACUGCACCGUGCCACGCCGGUGGCCUUUGGGAACCGGCAGGUCCUGGCCUCAGAGUGGUGGCUGGGGGAGGACGCAGCUCUGUCUGGCGCCGCCCGGGCCCCCGACUCAGUUCUGGAGCUCCGUCGCGCGUUAGACCGCGACCCCCAGGCCUCACAGCUCCACCGUUGGCUGGGGGGCGCCUUUUGCGAGGAGCAGCCUUGCAAGACCGAAGAUCACGCCAUGUCUGCGCUGAACGCUUACCAGACCGCGCUGUCCCUCGCCCCGGGGGACCCCAUGGCCCUUCACGCCCUCCAAGCGUUUCUGCAGUCAGGCAAGGACGAGAAAAAGAAGCUCAGCCAGCGUGGACCUCUGGCCCAGUUUCCGAACACGCCAGGAAUCGGUGGCCAGGCAGAUGGAAGCAUGAGCCUGACCUGGCCUGAGUUGCGGCUCGUCUCUGGUGGAAUCUUCCGAGUGUGCUGGUGCCCUGGAGCCCAGCAGGGCGGGGCUGAGAGCAGCGAUUGCGAGACCUCCUCGGACUUCUAUGCCGAGUUUGGGACCUUUGCCAGCCUCAGAAUCCGCGACGGCUGGUCAAGCGCAUGCCCACGGGCUGAGGAGCCGAUCCUAAUCCACGUGGCAGCGAUCGGGCUCAGACCAGAGGUGGAUCGGAUCCUGCUGUUGAAAGCUUCGGAAGUGUGCGGGGAGGGCAUUCCUGACGUCUUGAGCCCUGGUGGCGUCGUGAGCUCCGAGUCCGGCUUUGGUGCCCUCCAGUGCAAGCAGGAUCCGAAUGCUGGCGCAGAGGAGCUGGAGCGGAAGAUGGUGUGCGGGGGAGUCGACUCCUUGGGAGCAGUACGAACCUACACCCUCGGGACCUAUCACAUUUGUGUUUGUGGGGCUCUUCCUGGCUAUGAUUGCUCGCAUCCAUCACACUACUGGACGCCUGCUGGCAAAGCCUUCCAGGUGCUGAUGAGGGCAGAUGCACCAGGGGCAGCUGAGAGUGUGCCCCCUGUGUCGCUCCUCACUGUUUCGAAGAGUCCCGUUGUGUCUGCUGCCUAUGCUCCACGUCCGCUUGGCUCUCAUCGGCGACUUGCGGCUGGAUAUGAGGACGGUGUGGUGCGCGUGUGGGAGCCGGCGACCCCUGAGAUUGCCGCAACGCUGAUCGGUCACCUCGACCAUGUGGAGGCCGUGGCCUGGGCACCAGAUGCGAGCUGGUUAGCAUCAGCAGGCCUCGACGGCAGCUUGCGGCUCUGGAGCGCGGCUGCCGGUCUUGGCCCUUUGGGCCAGGGCGUGCCCCCUCACAUCUGCCCGAGAUGGGCAGCUGUAUGGCAUAGGCCAGGCGGCAACAUGCCGGACUUUGACUGGCAAAACGUCAUCCUCGGCCAUGUGCUGAAGAUGAAUCCGCUGAACAUCACGCAGGAGCCUUUCGUGAACUUUGCAGAAUCUCUGUCCCAUGAAGAUCUUGCAGAUAUAGGCCAUUUGACCUUGAACAGGGCUGCCGCGCAGUGCGAGAAGGCCUGCAGCAAUUUCCGCGAGAUGGCGGCUGACUUCUGUGAGUGUGGACCCAGCCUGGAGUGCCACAUUCUGGGGACCUGUUUGCCCAAAUGUGGGCUGGAGGCGCACAUAUGGCCGGUGGCACACAAGCAGGGCCUCACCUCCGUCGUCGUAUCGCCGGACGCCUCGGUGCUGGCCACAGCAUCCUACGAUGCCGAUGUGCACAUCUGGGACGCAAGGACUUUGGCGCCAGAGCCCGUCUCCACGGUCUCGGUGCACAGUGGGGCAGUGCUUUCCCUGGCUUUCUCGGUGGGGACAGGUUCUGGCAUCAUGCUGGCGACUGGGGGCGACGAUGAUCUCAUCACGUGGUUUGGCCUUGCAGAAAUUCUUGCUGCAGGCCAGACAAGCAGCGCGAUGCCACAGCACACCUUUCGCGAGGAGAACGGCAUUGGCAAGAACAUGGCAGUGCUCGCUGUGGCUUUCUCGCUGGACGGGAAUUGGUUCGCCGCAGCCGGUCGUGGCGGAGCUGGGGCACUGUGGGAUGUUCAGAGCGUGGUCAAGGUCCGGACCUUGGAGCCAGCCCUGGAGGCGGUAAGCAGCGCUCGGCUGUCCACGGUGGCAGGCAUCGCCUUUGCCCAGGACGGACAGUGGCUGGCCAUCCGGGGUCCGGCAGCAGUCAAGAUGAUGCCUCUGGACAACGUGCUGCAGGGUCUUCCUGUCCCUAGCCCUCAGUGGGUGACAUUCGACGGCCAGGAUCUAGGCCGGGCUGUGCUCAGCUGGUCUUCGAUGCAGGGACCUGAAGGCAACGUGCCACAACAUUCCGUCAAGCUGCACACCAAUGGAACCGUCAUGGAGCUGAGCUUCGCACCAUGUAACGUCACGGCCGGAUGUGAUGCGCGCUUGCCUGCUGUCCGAGUUGAUGUGCAGAUUCCGUAUGAGUUUGUCGGAGUACGGGGCUACUUCCUGGAGUACAGCUUGAAUGCUGACGACAUGGCGGACGACUGCCGUGGUGGUGCAGCACAAUCGCAGUGGGAUGAGGAGAAUCCUGCCAGGACCUACUUCGCACAGCUGGGCUUCGGCAUGUCAGCCGAAGGUCUGGACUGUGAACGUGUGGGCCCAGAUGGGGACGAAGGCCGCGAGAGCCUGGCGGCCUGCCAGGAGGCUUGCAGGGAGAAUCGCCAGCAACUUACUGACUGA